AGGAAAUACUAGUGGUGACAUUUUGAUGGGUGGGAUCUUGUACUUUAUAGUUGUAUAAAACUGUCAACAUCUCUGAAGUUUGAUUCUCUCUUCCUCCUUUUUCUCACUCUUUCUCUCUCCUAAUUCUCUCUCCUGGAUCACCUGUCAAUAAGCAUGAAACUUCGUGAUCCGUUCCAUCCAGUUUUACCAGAUUUGAGCUCCCUACAACUCUUUCUUUCAUCUUUUUUUUACUCUCUCUCCUCUGUUUUCACCAACCAAAUAAAAUAAAAUGCGCCCUAAAAAUCUCAUCUUUAUUAUUCUAAUAAUAAUAAUAAUAAUAAUAUUAAUUCCUUCCUUUUAAACUUCACUCAUCUUUCAUUUUUCUGUUAAACCCCAGAAACAAAAACCAAAAAUGGAGGAAAAGAGAGAUCAAGAAGAAGAAUUGAAGCAUGUUUGUAAGCUUUGCAACAAAAGAUACCCAAGUGGUAAGUCUUUAGGUGGUCAUAUGAGGUCUCAUGUAAUUGCUAACAGAAACAAUAACAUUAAUAAUCAUAAUCAUAAACCCAUUUCAAUUCCUUUUACCAUUCCCAAGAAAUCUGCAAACUUUGAUUAUGUUUCUGAUGAAAAUGAUGAUGAUGAAAAUGGUGGAAAGAAUUCUGGUUAUGGGUUAAGAGAAAAUCCCAAGAAAAGUUGGAGAUUGGUUGAUUCUACUCUUCUUAACAAACACCUUCAUCAUCAGUUUCAGCAACCUCAGGAAAGGGAAAGGGAAAUGGAAAGGAUUUGCAGGCAAUGUGGGAAAGGGUUUCAUUCUCUGAAAGCAUUAUGUGGUCAUAUGAGCAGUCAUUCUGAAAAAGACAGGAACUUUAAGGAAGAUGAUGAAGAAGAAGAUGAAGAAGAAGAUGAUAAUUCAUGGUCAAGUCACAGCAAAAAUCACUUGAUUUCAACAAUGGAGUCUGAUAAUUCUGAUAACAGCAACAAAUUGUGCAAUAAGCGUCGAACUCGAUCUUCUUUGACAAGGUAUAGCUCUCUUACUCCUCCUCCUCCUCCUGCUACUGAUGGUUGUUCUGGUGGUGGUGGCUCGUCGUCGAAUCAUUCUGAAAUUGAUCAGCAUGAACAAGAGGAAGUUGCAAUGUGUUUGAUGAUGCUUUCUAGGGACUCAUCUGGUCAUAAGAGUUGCUUCAAUUUUACUGCUGAGUCAUCUGAUAAUAAUUCUGUGAUUUUGGAAGGAGGGUCUUCUACUAAUCAUGUUGGGAUUUUGAGGAUUAAGGACACUAGUAAGAUGAUUAAGAAAGUUGUUGUUGUUGCUAAGGAAGAAGAAGAAGAAGUAGAAGAGGAGAUUAAUGUGAUUAAUAAUGAUAAUAAUAAUCAUCAUGAAAGUAUGGAUAAUUCAGAUUCAGGGUAUUUUGAGAAUGGUGCUAAGGAGCUUGAAUCAGAUGAUUCUGUUGAUGGGUUUGUGAGAAACUAUGGAUUUAAGAAGCCUAAAGUUGAGUUUGGAUCUUGCUUUUAUGAUGAUGAUAAUAAUGAUGAUUCUGGAAAAAGGAGGAGGAUUAGAGGAGGAUUAGUGGGUGAUUACAGCAGAUUUGAUCAUAAUCCUGAAUCAGACGAAAAUUCGAGUAAGAAGAUGAAGAUUAAGAAGAAGAAAAUGUUGAUUAAGCAGGAUUAUUAUGGUUGUAUUAAGAAAGGGAGCAAAUAUGAGUGUUGGGUGUGUAACAAAACUUUCAAAACACAUCAAGCUUUAGGUGGUCAUAUUAUAAGUCAUAGGAAAAAUGGUGACAAUAGUUUUGAUGCUAGUAUUACUAGGAUUAAUGACAAUAAUAAUUUUGGUAAGCAGAAUUUGGUGGGUGUUUCAAGUGGUAAGAUUAUGGGUACUAGUGCUACAACAAGCAGCAAAUCAAAGAAAGUUAAGGGUCACAAAUGUCCAUAUUGUCCUAGAGUGUUCAAGUCAGGCCAAGCAUUAGGGGGUCACAAGAGGUCUCAUAUGAUGGGAGCCGGCCGAGGGGUAGUGAAGUUGGAGGAGAAGCCGAGGAUAACGAGGCAGGUGGUGGUACCGCCAAUGCCGGAACCCGAACACCAGCAGCAGCAGCAGCCUCCUUUGAUUGAUCUUAACCUUCCUGCACCAAUGGAAGAAGAAGGAAAUUCACAAUUUGUGGCAUGGUAGGUUGGAAAUUCCAAUGGCAUGAAAGUUUAUUGCUUUGUGGGAAAUGUGGAAACUUUGAGGGGUCCCCAAAAAAGUUAGAAAAAAAUGAAAAGAAAAGGGAUUAUUCUUAAGGUGGGUCAUAUGGGUUCCAUGAAAAUGCAGAUGAGUGUACAGAGUACAGACUACAGACAGUUUGGUUGGAUUGGUGGAAGAUUAAAAACUUGAAAAAAAUUUCAUUUUUUUUUUAGUACAAUGUGCUGGAAUUAUUUAGUAUUUUGUUAAAGACUAAGUCUUAUUUUCUGUUUUUAAGGUAACUGUUUCAUUGGCUGGCUGCUUCUAGGAAGCAAAAGAAAGCAGCAGUUUUUUAUUUUUUAUUUUUUUGCACCUUGUUAGUUUUUCUUCUUCACAUGUUUUUCCAUUUCUUUAUUUACUUUAUUCCAAAGAUAUAUAUAGAUGUCUAAUCUUAAUUAGUUGUCGUAAAUAUAGAAGGUGCACUUGACCCAACUUGAAAUCAAGACUAGACUAUAUGGGUUAUUCUUUGGUGCUAUUCUUUUAUUGAUUGAGCUUGAUUAUAAUAUUGGUUUGAAUCAUUGAAUUGGUAGCAUGAAUUCUUUUUUCUAAUGAGAUAUCUCUCAUUUCAUCCAUAAACUCUGACAUUCAUGUCCUGUCUUCUGAGACUUAUUACUUAGAUUUGGUGUCUUUGGUGCCAAAAUAUGAUUAGAUCCUUACAUUUUUAUAUUAUUUCAGCAAGUUAUGUACUACUAAUCACUUAACACAUGCUUGGUUGAAUGAACAAACAGAUAAUUUUUUUUUUAAAAUUGUUGCUUUUUUCUGGAAAUUUGGGAUUUUUUUUUGUCCUUUUUAUAUGCUAUUUUUCUGUAAUUAGGGAAGCUCAAUAUCUUAUAUCAAAACUUAGCUUCAAAAGGGUCUUACUAGACAUUCUUUAGAAAAUGCCUUGUGAAUAUACUACUGCAUAUAUAUAAGCAAACAAUAACAUAGAGCAUAUAUACUCUUUUGCCUUUGGAUUUUUAUGGUUUUUUUUAGUUUAGUAAGGAAGGUGAUUAAGUUAAUACUCCAUGAUAGCUCGAUUACAAGAAAGAACCUUCCUAAUCGGGCGAAUGGGUCCCUCGUUGAUGGAAGAUUACAUUGUGGUUAAGCUAAUUUUAAGUUUAAUUAUAUUCUUGAUUUGAAAGAUGAAUCAAAUUAGGAAUGAUUGGGAAAUGGAAUCAUUAGCAAUCAAAGUUGACAAAUCUAUAAGCAUUACUGUUGUGUCAAAUUUGUGAAGCUCUAUCUUAAAGGUAUGGCCACCCACCACCAUUUCACCUGACUGACUGCCUUAUUAUCAAACAUUUGCAAUUUUUUUUAUUUUUUUUUCUAUCUUCCCUAAGUGGGACACCUUAUUAUAUAUUGGUCUCAUUCUCGUCUAGUAGGGUUAUUUUUUCACCGAAUAUAUAAUAGGAAUUGCCUUCAGGUUUUAGACUCAAAUCUAGACAGGAUUAAGGCAAAAAUGCUCUAAUCAAUGUGUUUACCACCAGAUACAUACUCCCUCCGUAUGUUAAAGAUUGCGCCUAAGAAUGAAUGGGAAAUAGGGGUGGGGAUGGGAGGAGAUACAAAAGAAAGACAUAAAGAGGGGGGAGUGGGGCAAUUGAAGUGUCUUUAUUCUUUGGCAAUCUGAUAUUUACCUGCAUCAUUUUUUUCCCUAGUUUUAUAGUUGGGAUUGGGACCACUUGGAAUAUGGUUCAAGCCAGUUGGCUUAUAAGUUUGAAGAUCAAGAAGGAAGCAAAGGACAAACUAACUUUAUUUGUAGAUGGGAUAAGAAAUUUAUUUGACAUAACUUAGGUUUUUGACUUGUUUGAUUCAUUGCUCCCACCAAAAGUAUGGUCAAUGUGAAAUGAGUAUCUUCUGUUUUUUUGGUUACUUCUUCAUUGUGGUGUAUCAACUAAUUACCUGAUUUUGAUAAAUUUGUUUCAUAUCCACUUAACACAAAUUUUAGUCAAUGAAGAAAAAUGUACUCAACUUCUUAGUUCACUUCAUUUCAUUUGAGUUAGAAAGGUUAGAGCGCAUGUAAUGAAAGGGUUUUUUUUUUUUUUUUUUUUUUUUUUGUUGAUAAUAGUUUUAUGUUACGGGCUAGUAACUUAAACGACAAGUGAUGCAGGAUCUCUUUUUGUAAAUGACUUACUCGUAUAACUUAUCUUCGCCAACUACUUUGCUAAAAUAUAUAUAUUCUCCUCUCAAUUCUAAUCCAUUUUGGGUAAAAACUAUACCAUCAAACUUGUAAUCACAUUUCUAAUCAAGCAUAUAUAUGUUAACUUUUAGCUAAUCAUCUGACAAAAGAAGUUCCAUUAUUUUCACUUGAAACCCUUGAUCAAGUUGUCAAAUCUAGUUAACAACCUCCCCUAGUUUAAUACUCUUACGUGUUGAUUUGGUAGUUUCAUAUGAAUAUGUAACUCUAUCUCUCUCAGUAGUUAACACUUAACAGGCACUGGGAAGUGGGAACAGCAUCAGACCA